AUGUCUACUUGUCAAUUUCCUUAUUCCAGUCUGUUGGAUCGCACCAACAACCGAGAUCCUGUUUACGAUCCUAGUCUAGCGUCAGAAGUUGCCAUUGCCGCAGCCUUUACCGCCGGAGUUUUACCCAAUUACGACGCCCAAUUCGGACGCGAACAUCUUCAGGAUUCAUUCCAAAGUUAUGAAUUCAUCCCACACAGGGACCUUCUGUUGCAAGACUUUCAGAGUGACGAGUUCCAACUGGACGAAGGCAAGACUAGCCAGUCAACUGCUCGUAAAACGUCAGCCCACUGCGUUGAAACCCGACAGCAAGAUAGAGGACGCCCUAUUCCCUAUAAUCUUGCUGUUCGGUAUGCGAACAGGCCCAAUGGGACACCACUCUCCACGAUCAUCGAAAGGGCCUCCUACUCCACCUUGACGUCCCACCCCUCCCUGCUCAGUGUUCACCGGCGACACCCAUCCCUCAGAUCAAACAACAAUAUGACCCCGGACUAUCCUUCAAGAAACUUUGAUGAGAUGGCCCUAGACAAUAUCCUUGAAGACACAUCUCAGGAGCAGGACAUGGAUGCAUCUCUUGACGCUAAUAAAGAGCCUGAGGUGGGCCCAGAGAUGUCAGACCCCGCACUGCGUACAGCUACGCCACAUAUCGAAUUGAAUUUCCAGGAUUGUCAGCCUCCUGACGCCGCCCUUACGUUCCAGAACGUGGAGAAUGAUGGGAAUCCCAAAGGGGUGAGAGGCAUGCUGCGAGGCCUUUUCCAGAACGUUCGAGGCUCAUCUCGACAUAGCCGGUCGUUGUCGUCAAUUUCACAUCGACCUCAAGGCGGUUUCCGUGGAGAAGGUGUAAACGAUCAAGAAUUUCUUGAUUAUGGUAACGCCAUAGAUGAUCUCGGUAGUGCUGCAAAAAGUCAAUCUGGAAGGCCUCUGGCACAUAGACCGGUAGUCGGCGAUAACCGCUUAGCUAGUCGAGGUGUUCAGCCUCAUAGUGCACUCGAAGUCGAGGCUAUGACAGGGAAUCAACCGUUCAGUCUCUCCUCAGAUCCGCCAGACGUCAAACUUCCAACCGCACAAAUUUGUUAUCGUCGCCCACCAUUUACCAAGUUUGAGUUUGAAUCAGACUCUGUGCCGUAUAUACCGCUGCCGUCUCAACUUUCAACGUCACUGAACGAUUGCUCAGUAUUUGCAUCUUCAGUAAUCUGCAGCGCAGAACAAGAGUAUGUCCCAUCGGGUACGCCCACACUCUCCGAUCGUAACAGAGAUGAUUUGUCAACUCGGUACACUUCCGAUGGUGUUACUUUACUCCGUAGCAAUGCGCCUUCACUUAAUGAGUACGAUCAAGCUAGGGACGCUAGUUUUGGUAGCACGCUGUCUACCAGUUACUCGGGUACCGUCCUAGGUGUUGACCUUGAUCUACAACCUCAGCUUCCGCCUAUCCCUCGCUCAUCAACUUUAGCAUGGUUCAGUCCAGAGCCCACUGAUCAAGAGGACAUAGUCUCAGAACCAACUGACAAUAAGAACCAAAAAGGCAACGCUGUCGACUCUAAGCUAACACUUCCUCACUCAAUCACAUCCUCCGCCCUCCAAGCCCUCCUUCCUCUCGCAGCUGCUUCGGGGAUUGUUCGUCCCAACUAUGCCACACCUCACCUCUCAUUCUACUCUCCGUCUGGGCAUCUUAUCCAGGUCGACGAGGAGUCAUCAUCAGCGAAUCCCUCACACCCAUACAAACAGCCAACUUUCGAGCCCCUUGCUCGUCCCACACUCUUACCCGCUACGACCCCGCCUUCACCCAGAGCACGACUUCCAUCCAACCUCCGACAGCAGCGACAUCAUUGCCACCGGCACCAGACACACACGCACAGCGUCCCUCAAACGGUCGUGAGGAGCGACAUUAAGGGCUGUGACGGCAUGAUUCGAACGAACAGUCUGCAGCCACGGAGUGGAGUUCGGCGUUCCGUUUCUCACCCCAACCCGAAUCCAAGCCCCAAACCAUCCAAACGAAAACACACAAAACACAACAGCCUACCCUGGAACCGAUCUCGAUGUAAAUCUGCAGCAGUCACGUCAGUAUCAACACCAGCAUCUAACAUUACCCUUACACGAGACAGAAAAAAGCUGCAGAAGAAGAGGAAGCCCGCAGUAGCGACAACAGCGCGAGGAAGUAGUGUCUCGGAGCUGGGUCCGGCUGUUGGGUUUUCGCUAAGGGUUUGCUUCUGUCAGCCUUGGGAUGGUGCUGGGGAAGCUGGGCGAGGAUGUUUGGGGGAUCACGCUGAUGAUGGCGAUAGUGAUGUAGAUAGAGUGCAGGAGAUGGUGGAAAAUGCGAGGGUUGUGGAUAGGGAGAGGAAAGUCGGUGGUUGA